CGCUCCUGCCCGAGGCGUGCGAGCUCGGAGGGGACGUGGUCGGGCUCGCGACGCUGAUGGGCUUCAUGGCGGCGAUGGCAGUCAAGUCUGCAGGCAUCGCGAUCGGAGGCGAGGGGUCGCACGAGGGCGCGGCUUGCGCGUACGGCGCAAACUCGAGCGCUGCCCACUGAGUCGACCCACUGAGGUGCCCACUGAGGGGAGGAGUCGAGGGGAGGAGAGGCGCCCAGGCCGCUGCCAGGCAGGCGGGGGCUCACCCUCGGCUUCUUCACCGCGCGACCAUGGGGGCUACUGCUCGGUGGCUCGACUCGUGGUUCGGCUUGGGGUCGGCGCUCUUGUAGAGCGACUCUGAAAGGGGGGGCGAGGGAGGUGGGAGAGAGCUGAGGCAGAGGGCGGGGCGGAAGGGGGCGUCUGGGAGAGCGUUGCUGCGUGCUUCCCACACUAGCGGGGCAGGGACGCGUGUGAGUCUCGCGAUCGGAGUCUCGAAGACGACCACCCGAGACGUGAGAGGGGGACUGUCGGGAGAUGAGAUAUACGCGCGGAUCAGGAUAGGAUAACCGGACACGGGCGAUGUGACCCCGCUUCGGUACCGCGGGCGGCGCGGCUCACCCCCGCCCGUGCGUCACAGCUCGGUCGGGCAGUGACUCGUUGGUUGGUGUUGCGUGUUGGCCUCGGCUAGUCAGACAAUAAGUCAGACACUAGUCUCGACCGCCCGCACGGCCCCGGUACGUUACCGAUCGAAAAUUAGUUAUUACCCUUUA